CGCCGCCGCCUCCUCGGCUGCUGUGACGGGGGCUCUCUGGUGACCCUGGCCCAGAGCAGGCUGCCUGCGGAGCGGAGCGGGCCGGGCCCGGCAGCGGCCCUCUGUCCCUGUCAUUGACCGCCAGCGCGCAGGCCUGGCCGCUCCGCCGCGGGGAGAACUCCUCAGGGCCAUGUCCAGGCCGAGCAGCGUCUCCCCGCGGCCGCCGGCUCCUGGUGGCGGCGGGGGCGGCCCAGCUCCGUGCGGCCCGGGGGGCGGGGGCCGGGCUAAGGGGCUGAAGGACAUUCGUAUAGACGAGGAGGUGAAGAUCGCGGUCAAUAUCGCUCUGGAGCGCUUCCGGUACGGGGACCAGAGAGAAAUGGAAUUUCCUUCUUCUUUGACCAGCACUGAAAGAGCCUUUAUUCAUCGAUUGAGUCAGUCUCUUGGUUUGGUCUCUAAAAGCAAAGGAAAGGGAGCAAAUAGAUACCUAACUGUGAAGAAGAAAGAUGGAUCAGAAACAGCUCAUGCAAUGAUGACCUGUAAUUUGACUCAUAAUACAAAACAUGCUGUUAGGAGCCUAAUUCAAAGAUUUCCUGUCACCAAUAAAGAGCGUACUGAACUUCUGCCUAAAACAGAAAGAGGAAAUGUGUUUGCAGUUGAAGCUGAAAACCGAGAAAUGAGCAAAACAAGUGGGCGACUCAACAAUGGCAUACCUCAGAUUCCAGUGAAAAGAGGAGAAUCUGAAUUUGAUUCUUUCAGGCAGUCUCUCCCUGUGUUUGAGAAACAAGAAGAAAUUGUUAAAAUAAUUAAAGAAAAUAAAGUAGUUUUGAUUGUAGGAGAGACUGGGUCUGGAAAGACUACACAGAUUCCUCAGUUCCUUUUAGAUGAUUGCUUUAAAAAUGGUAUCCCCUGCCGUAUAUUUUGUACCCAGCCAAGACGGUUAGCGGCAAUUGCCGUGGCUGAAAGAGUUGCUGCAGAGAGAAGGGAAAGAAUUGGUCAAACAAUUGGAUAUCAGAUCCGAUUAGAAAGCAGGGUUUCUCCAAAGACACUUCUGACAUUUUGCACUAACGGGGUUUUACUUCGUACAUUGAUGGCAGGAGAUAGUACAUUGUCUACUGUGACACAUGUUAUUGUGGAUGAAGUACAUGAAAGGGAUCGAUUUAGUGACUUUUUACUUACAAAGUUGAGAGAUCUGUUGCAAAAGCACCCAACUUUGAAACUUAUUCUUUCUAGUGCUGCCUUGGAUGUGAAUCUUUUUAUAAGAUAUUUUGGAAGUUGUCCAGUGAUAUAUAUACAGGGAAGACCAUUUGAAGUAAAAGAAAUGUUUCUGGAAGACAUCUUAAGAACUACUGGGUACACAAACAAAGAAAUGUUAAAAUACAAAAAGGAAAAACAACGAGAAGAGAAACAACAAAGCACCCUUACGGAAUGGUAUUCAGCUCAAGAGAAUACUUUCAAGCCUGAAUCUCAGAGGCAGAGAACUGUUCCAAAUGUGACUGAAGAGUAUGAUUUAUUGGAUGAUGGCGGUGAUGCUGUCUUCAGUCAGUUGACAGAAAAAGAUGUGAAUUGUCUUGAGCCAUGGUUAAUAAAGGAAAUGGAUGCUUGUCUCUCUGACAUAUGGCUGCAUAAAGAUGUUGAUGCCUUUGCUCAGGUCUUUCAUCUUAUUUUAACUGAAAAUGUUAGUGUUGAUUACAGGCAUAGUGAAACCAGUGCAACAGCUCUGAUGGUUGCUGCAGGACGAGGUUUUUCAAGUCAAGUAGAGCAGUUAAUUAGUAUGGGAGCCAACGUUCAUAGUAAAGCAUCAAAUGGCUGGAUGGCUUUAGAUUGGGCUAAACACUUUGGACAGACUGAAAUUGUGGAUCUUCUAGAAUCUUACAGUGCUUCACUGGAAUUUGGAAAUCUAGAUGAAAGUUCUCUGGUUCACACAAACGGAAGUGACCUCAGUGCAGAAGACAGAGAGCUCCUGAAAGCUUAUCAUCAUAGUUUUGAUGAUGAAAAAGUAGACUUGGAUUUGAUCAUGCACCUUCUAUACAAUAUCUGCCAUGGUUGCGAUGCUGGUGCAAUAUUAAUUUUCCUACCUGGAUAUGAUGAAAUUGUUGGAUUGAGGGAUCGCAUCCUGUUUGAUGAUAAACGAUUUGCUGACAACACACAUAGAUACCAAGUCUUUAUGCUUCAUUCAAAUAUGCAAACAUCUGAUCAAAAGAAAGUAUUAAAAAACCCACCUGCCGGUGUUCGAAAAAUAAUCCUUUCCACCAAUAUUGCUGAAACCAGCAUCACAGUCAAUGAUGUUGUCUUUGUUAUUGAUUCUGGUAAAGUGAAAGAGAAAUCCUUUGAUGCACUGAAUUUUGUUACAAUGUUAAAAAUGGUGUGGAUUUCCAAAGCUAGUGCUGUACAACGAAAAGGCAGGGCAGGGAGAUGCAGACCUGGAAUUUGUUUUCGGCUGUUCAGUAGACUCCGAUUCCAGAAUAUGUUGGAAUUUCAGACUCCAGAACUUUUGAGAAUGCCAUUGCAGGAACUUUGUUUACAUACUAAGCUGUUAGCCCCAGUGAAUUGUCCUAUUGCUGACUUCCUAAUGAAAGCUCCUGAACCCCCACCAGCUUUAAUUGUAAGAAAUGCUGUACAAAUGCUUAAGACAAUAGAUGCAAUGGAUGCAUGGGAAGAUCUCACUGAGCUGGGGUAUCAUUUGGCUGACUUGCCCGUAGAACCACAUCUUGGUAAAAUGGUCCUGUGCGCUGUUGUUUUAAAGUGUCUGGACCCCAUCCUCACAAUUGCCUGCACGUUAGCCUAUCGAGAUCCUUUUGUCCUGCCAACCCAGGCCUCUCAAAAACGGGCAGCUAUGCUGUGUAGGAAACGCUUCACUGCAGGAACUUUCAGUGACCACAUGGCACUUCUCAGAGCAUUCCAGGCAUGGCAGAAAGCACGAAGUGAUGGGUGGGAGCGAGCCUUUUGUGAAAAGAAUUUUCUUUCACAAGCCACCAUGGAAAUAAUCAUUGGCAUGAGAACUCAGUUGCUUGGUCAACUUAGAGCAUCAGGUUUUGUUAGAGCUCGAGGUGGUGGUGACAUUCGAGAUGUUAACACAAAUUCUGAGAAUUGGGCUGUUGUUAAAGCUGCAUUGGUGGCAGGCAUGUAUCCUAAUUUAGUCCAUGUGGACAGAGAGAAUGUAGUGUUGACAGGGCCAAAGGAGAAAAAAGUUCGGUUUCAUCCCACUUCGGUUCUCAGUCAGCCUCAGUAUAAAAAGAUUCCUCCAGCCAAUGGUCAGGCUGCAGCAAUUCAGGCACUGCCUACAGAUUGGCUUAUUUAUGAUGAAAUGACCAGAGCCCAUAGAAUAGCUAAUAUUAGAUGUUGUUCAGCAGUGACACCUGUUACUAUAUUGGUAUUCUGUGGACCAGCUAGGUUGGCAAGUAAUGCUCUUCAAGAACCUUCAUCAUUUCGAGUGGAUGGUAUUCCUAAUGACAGUAGUGAUAGUGAAAUGGAAGAUAGAACUACUGCUAAUUUGGCAGCUUUGAAACUUGAUGAGUGGCUCAAUUUCAAACUAGACCCUGAGGCAGCCAGUUUAUUGCUGCAACUCAGACAGAAGUGGCACAGCUUAUUUUUACGCCGAAUGAGAGCUCCGUCUAAACCUUGGUCUCAAGUUGAUGAAGCUACCAUAAGAGCCAUUAUAGCUGUUCUGAGCACUGAAGAACAGUCUGCAGGUUUACAACAGCCAUCUGGAAUAGGUCAGAGGCCAAGGCCUAUGUCUUCAGAAGAACUUCCCCUGGCAUCUUCUUGGAGGUCAAAUAACAGUAGGAAAACUUCAGCAGAUACUGAAUUUUCUGAUGAGUCUGCUACUGCAGAAAGAGUGUUGAUGAAAUCUCCAUCUCCAGCACUGCACCCACCUCAGAAGUACAAAGAUAGAGGGAUUUUACAUCCUAAACGAAGCACUGAUGACCGAUCAGAUCAAUCUUCUGUGAAAUCUACAGACAGCAGUAGCUACCCAAGUCCUUGUGCUAGUCCUUCUCCUCCAUCCUCAGGAAAGGGCUCAAAAUCUCCUUCACCAAGACCAAACAUGCCUAUUCGAUACUUCAUAAUGAAGAGUAGCAAUUUGAGAAACCUUGAAAUUUCUCAACAGAAGGGUAUCUGGUCUACAACCCCUAGUAAUGAGCGGAAGCUAAAUCGAGCCUUUUGGGAAAGCAGCAUGGUUUACUUGGUAUUUUCUGUUCAAGGAUCUGGACAUUUCCAGGGAUUCUCUAGGAUGUCUUCUGAGAUAGGAAGGGAGAAGAGCCAGGACUGGGGCUCAGCUGGACUGGGAGGAGUAUUUAAAGUGGAGUGGGUCCGGAAGGAGAGUCUUCCCUUUCAGUUUGCACAUCACUUGCUCAAUCCUUGGAACGAUAACAAGAAAGUCCAGAUCAGCAGAGAUGGGCAGGAACUAGAACCUCAGGUUGGUGAACAGUUGCUCCAGUUAUGGGAACGCCUUCCAUUGGGAGACAAAACCACAGCUGAUUGACACUCAGAGCUCUUACUUACAGAAGAACAUCGUACCUAUUUAUAGCCACUGAAUGCACGGACUUCUAAAAACUAAGGUGGAGAUAUGUGUUAUGAAUGAAUGGGCUUUUCUGGUUUAGAGUGUUCCUUUAGAACCACCAUCUUCACGUAAAAGGGAAAAGAAUAAUUUAAAUUUUUAUAGCGAUCCUAAAGGAUGAUUAUGUAAUGUUUGUUAAUUAUAUGUUUAUAAUUGAAUAAAAUAGUAGUAGUUUCAUUAUUUGAUACAACAGCAGUUAUUUGAAACAUACUUAAUUUGAAGUUAAACAUUUCAUUUGUUGAAAACACUGACUUAUAAUUCUUAUUGACGAUUUUUUUUAAUGCAAACUAAAUUGUUUCAAGAAAGGCCUGAAUGUUUCAGUACAUCUGAGCACCAUUUUAGCAGAGUCAGCUCUUAAAAUUUGUUGUUAAAAAAAAAAAAAAGCAAACAACCCAAUUCUAAAGAUGUCCCUUUUGAAAAUAGUGUGUGCUGAUUAAGGACUAUUCAUUUUGCCAUUUUAAACCUGAAGUACAUUAAGAAAAAAAGGAGAGAUGUUCUUUUUCUUUGAUGAUGAAGUGCAUGCAGUAAAAUCUGAAGAAAAUCAGGGUUUUCUCUCCCUGUUGUUGGUCAGAUCAGAUUUAGUCCUUGGUUUUAUUACUGGUUCUGCCUUUUAACCUGAUGUGUACCUCUCCCUUCCUCCCAUGAUACAAUCUUCACACCUCUUAUGCGAGCACAAUAAUUACUUCCUCUUUGUUUUGGCUAGAGAAACUUUAUUGAGACAAGUUAAAAAGGAAAACAAACAUGUUAAAAAGUGCCCAACAGUCAGUGGGAGCUUAAUUGGUAUAUGUCUUUGAAAUUAAAGCCCAUAGCACCACAAUUCUAAAUGCCUUCUAUUUAUUUUCUAGUACUUUCCAUCGUACUUAACGUUUUUGGCUUUCCUAUUUUCUUGCAUUUAUGGUUAGUAAAUGCGAAGUAAUUUUUUGUAAACCUGUGUUAGUGCCAACUCUUCUAUUUCUUUGUCGUCUUGGGAUGAUUUGAUAUCUUUACCAUCAGUCUAUAAAGUUUCCCUAGAGGCCUUUUGAAGGGAAAUAGAGGAACAGGAAAAAAUGAAAGAAAUGUCUUGGUAAUUGAGCUCUAAAUAGAGCAGUUUUGAUAGCACUUCUAUCAAAUAUUUGGGUUAUUGCUGUGUGAAGAAAAACUAUCCUGAAUCUAAUUUAAAGGCAGGAACACAACUCUUAAGUUUUUUGCUUCUGCAUUUGAGAACAAAGAGGUGAAAAGUCAUGGGGCAGCAUAAGAUCUUGAGAACCUUUUUUCUCUUGGAAAGCAUAGUAUGUUGUCACAGUAGUUUAGAAUGGCAGCUGUGAUUUUUACCUAUAUUUGUACUGCUGGUUUUUUGUUUGUUUGUUUUACACUUUGAGAUAUAUACCUGUAAAUUGAGCCUAUGUGAUUAUGUUCUGCUGUAUGUGUAUUACAGUUAUCCUCCUAUUAGAGCAAUUUGUGUUUUUUUCUGAUAAUGUAUAUACAUCUUGUUUAAGUAUAUACUUAGCAGUUUACAGUGUUCUAAAUUUGGAAGUGAGGACUUUUUAAAAAAAUAAAACUUGUUUUAAUUUCCUUCUGUUUUCUAAUAUUUAGCUCUAUGUAAAUGAUGAGUUUGUUGCUAUUUAAAAUGAAACACAAUUUGAAUGGAAUUAAAAUGCUGUUUUUAGAAGAGAUGAACUUUAAAUAUACUUAUUAAAUGAAA